GGCCCUAAAAGUUUUCAUUUCCAGUAGAAGAUACAUGUUUGGCCCAAGUCCUCGAAAACUAGGGCAGAAUUAGCUCAGCCCCCCAUUUAUCAGAUUCAGCGUCUGGCUUCUCUCCUAUGCCAUACUUGGUCCUCUUUGAAGUUCUGCAGCCAGAACCUGAUUCCUCUCAUGUUCUUGGUGUUCGAUCAGCACCUAGCAUCUUUCUUCGGAGUUUGACAACCAGGCAGCCCUCCACCUGGUGUUUGAUCAGCAGCAGCCAACUGUAAGUUCGAAACACAGACCCUAGCUUCUCUCUUGGAGGUUCUACGACAAGAGGUUCUUGGUGUUUGAUCAACAGCAGAGGCUAUGUAUAUCCGUGUUAAGCGUAGUAAGAUAACCUAUUUUCUUCAAUGUGAUCCAACGGAGACAAUUCUAAGCAUUAAGGAGAAAUUGUGUACUCUUAUCGAACGACCAGUUAAUGAACAGCGCUUGAUCCUAGUGGGUUCCAAGGAAGCAUCAGAGGGUACCAGGGUUGUAUUAGAUGAUUCAGUGACAUUGGCUGAUCAGAAGGUUGAAAAUGAUGCUGUUGUUGCACUAACCUUGAGAAAAGAUGAUGACGAAUUUGAGGAUGUCAACAUUAUAUGGCCAACAGAUCAGUAGGCAAGAAAAUUGCCUUGUUUAUUUUUGGCUGCGCUGUGUUCGUAAAUCAUCUGGCUGCCACUGCUCCUCAAGUUGUAUUGUGCUUUUGAUUCUCAGAAUUGGGAAUGAUGGUGAUCUUCAUCUUCCCCUUCACUAUUCAUGCAUGCUUACCAGAGAAAAUAAUUGAGUACCUUUUCUGCUGGUAGUCACUAAACUCCAGAUGGGAAAUGAUCCACCUGUUUUGUGCACUGAAAGCUUAAUUCUACCAUCUUCAUUAGGAUUAUCAUAUGCAGUAACAGUGAAAGCAAAUGCUCGGAAAA